AUGCAGUUGAAGAAUUCAGUUUUGGUUGCCGCCCUCUCGGCUUCCUCUGCCUUUGCUACUUACACAAAAGACUAUAAGCUAAACGCUUAUUGGGGACAAUCAGGACCUGACACCGAUAGCCUUGGCGAGCACUGCGAGUCCGAUAGCAUCGACUAUGUUACUCUUGGUUUCGUGAACAACUCGCCCGAGAACGGAAAUGGCACUGGCUACCCGGGCACAAACUUCGCUGCUCACUGCGCGGCCGAGGUUUACGUUAACAACAACCGGGACUCUAAGCUUCUCAGCUCGUGCUCUUUCAUCAAGGAUGACAUCAAGAAGUGCCAGCAGCUCGGAAAGAAGGUGUUGCUUUCUAUCGGAGGAGAAUUCUCUUCCUCGAGCAACUACACCCUCUCCUCUGUCCAGGCUGGUAUAGAUUUCGCCGACUUCCUUUACCAGGCGUUUGGUCCUUUCAAGAGCGGUUAUACGGGGCCUCGACCUUUUGAUACCAGCAGCACGGAGCACGUCACCAUUGACGGUUUCGAUUUCGACAUCGAGACUACAUUCAGCAACCAGCAGCCAUACGUCAACAUGGUAAACCAUCUUCGCGAUCUCAUCACCGCUGACAGCGAGAGCAUUAUUCUCACUGCUGCUCCGCAAUGCCCGCAGUCUGCUGAUUACUUCCAGAUGGAGACUAUCCUUCAGCAGGCCAAGUUCGAUAAGAUCUGGAUCCAGUUCUACAACAAUCCCACUUGCGAGGCCUGGUCCACUGGCUUCAACUACAAUGACUGGGAGAGCUUCAUCAGCGGCGGUGUUAACAGCGCUGCUGAGCUCUUCAUCGGUCUUCCCGGCAGCGCCUCCGCCGUUGGAUUACUCGGGAGCGGCUACAUCACGGCUCAACAGGCUAAGGACUUGAUCUGCACGUACAAGAAGCAGGAGCAUUUCGGCGGUGCCAUGUUGUGGGAUGCCUACUAUGCCUCUCAGAACAAGGACCUUGCAGGAAAGAACUACUAUGACUUGGUUGCUGAGGCUUUGAAGUGCGGUGGCUGUGACGGAGAUGUCUGCAAGCCUGCUACAACUAGCAGCUCGGUCACGACUUCAUCCACCACGAGCUCCUCCACCAGCUCUUCCACCUCGUCAACCGUUAGCACCACCAGCUCUUCUACUUCCUCGACUGUCAGCACUACGUCCACCUCGAGCUCUGCCUCCAGCACUAGCAGCAGCAUCUCUACUUCCAGCUCUGUUGCCACAUCGAGCAGUGCUUCAAGCUCAAACUACAUUGCUACGUCGAGCAGCGCCUCCAGCUCAGGAUACCUUGCAACAUCGGAGAAUGCUUCCAGCUCAAGCUAUCUUGCUACGUCUACCAGCUCCUCAGUUUCAAGUUCCAGCUCCUCUAGCUCUACUAGCUCCUCGGCUUCCAGCGCCGCAACUAGCAGCAGCGUGUCUUCAACUUCUUCUUACGACCUCACCUCCAGCAGCUCAGCAUCCGCUAGCGAGACCUACGCGGACAGCACAUCGUCUUCUAGCAUCGCGACUGUCACGGAGUCCUCGACGAGCUCGCUAAUUACAAGCAGCAGCACUCUCUCAACGAUCUCUACCAUCUCCAGCUCUUCCUACAGUGCUUCGGCUACUUCUUCGGAAGACGACUGCCCUCCUGAUGAGACCUCUAGCUCAUUCAGCGAGUCGUCCACUUAUAGCGCUUCGGCCAGCAGAUACCCGACCGUAUCGGUCACUUCCAGUGUUUUGAACAAUGCCUCAGCUAGCGGCUAUCCUACCGUAUCCCUGACUUUCAGUGCUUCAAACAGCGUCUCCGAGACCCAGUCUGUGAGCGCAACUUCGUCGUCUUACCCUACAGGUAGCGCCUCCACCACGGAGUACACGACUAGCACCGUAUAUUCCACCACCGUUUACACCGUGACGUCGUGCGCCCCUAGUGUCACCAACUGCCCGGCCAGGGGUUCCGUCGUUACCGAAACGAUUGCCCUGUACACCACCGUGUGCCCCGUCACUGAGACACAGAAGCCGACGCAGACCCCCACUGCAGUUCCCUACACGAGCACCAUCUACAGCACGCGCAUCAGCACCAUCACCAAGUGCCCGGCCAGCGUGACCAACUGCCCCGUCGGCUCCGUCACCACCGAGACCAUUGCCAUCGAGACCACGAUUGUCCCCACCACCGUGGAGACGACGGCCGAGACCAAGCCCACUGCCUCCGGCGUAGCUUCGUACCCCGUCGCUGGCGGCUCCCAAUACCACCAGGCCUCGUCAUCCAACGACGUGCAGACUGCCGCGGUGUCCAGCUACCCCUCGCCGUCCAACGACGUUCAGACCGCUGCCGUAUCUAGCUACCCCGCAGUGAACACCCCGACCGCCUCUCCCUCCAGCGUCCAGUCCGUGUCUACCACACUAACCGUCGCCGUCUACCCCACGGGCAAGGGCGGCUACAACAAUGGCAGCACCAACGGCAUCGUCCCGUCUUACAGCGCCGGCACGGGAUACCCCGUCGCGCCCACGACUACCUCCGCCGGCAGCGGAUACACUGCCAUCGUGUGCAACGGCACUGGCUGCUCGGCCUCGACCUCAACCUCGUACCCUACGUCGGUAGUUACCGCCGGCUCAGCUAAGGCUGCUUCUUUGAGCCUUGGUCUGUUGGCUGUUGUGGCUCUCGUUUUGUAA